GCCGCCAGCUCGAUUCCAGUUCGCGUGCACCGGCGACCGAGCGCGGUCAAACUUAUAGCUCCUCGGCACUCGCGCUGAUAAGCCGGCAUUCGGCAAUUCAAUUUCACUUGGCUCGCUCGAGUUUUCCGGACUACAUUUACCAAUUUGAAUUUCGUAUUCGUGCGCGCCAUACUCGAAACUGUCGGGUAUUUUUUUCGAAUUAUACUUUUAAAUAGUGACGGAUGAGUGAGUUUUCGUUGUCUAAGCUGUGGGUGCGCGAGGAAGCCGCCAUGGAGAGCUGCUAUAAGCUAUACACUUGGAUCAACCACACAUUGCUGAUGCUGCUGAUACAGAUCUUCUGGAAGAUGAGCCAGAUAUCGGACUAUUUCAAAGAAAAGUCCGUAGAAGACUCGAAGAAAGAAACAAUAUUCACAGUAGCACCUCUCACAAAGGAGUCCAAAUUCAGACGGCACAUAAGGUCCAUGUCGGACGUCCAGAGCAGCACACCCUACAAACUAGCCUUCAGGUCAAGACAGGGCAGCACACACACGCUCAUGUACGACUCCGACACGAGAGCCAGACGGAUCCGGUCCUACAACCUCCACAAACAACAGGAGUCCUCCGAUUCUAGCGACUACGUGGAACCGAGGAAACUCCGAAGCAUAGAACACAACAUACUUAAGCACACAGAUUCCAUGAGAAUCCUAUAGGAUCUGACUUAUUUUACGUUGAGGCUGUACCGUCUAGUUACACUAGAUCGGGAUCAUGUCGGACUUGGUACUGUGUUCUAUAGGACCGGAUAGUUGUGCUGCACAAACGAGGGAGGGCCGGCGUGAUUCUAUGGAAUAGACUUUUGUGAUUCCUUUUAUGAGACUGUGAUGAGGUAGAAUAUUUAGUUUUUAGUUAAGUCAGUAAUGAUAAGUAUUCUAAUAGAAUACCAAUAAUGUGAUUUAGGGAGUACGAUAGUGAUACCAUUUUUUAAUGAUGAUAAUUAUGUUUAAGGAUGGUGUUAAAAAAUGAAUAAUGUUGUAUUGAACAGUUCCACGAAAAAGAGAAUAUACCUACUUCUUAAUCCCCUUAAAUUUUGUAGAUUGAAAGAAGAUAUAAUAAGAUAUAUUUCCUAAAGGAUUUUACUUUGUAAUUUCAGUUCUAACUUAAUCCACAUUUAAAAAGUUCGAAGGGAGCUUUAUGUUUUGUGCCAUGAUGUAGAUUUUUUAAUAUUUAUCAAAAUGUUAGGUACAUACUCGUACUUAUGUUUUAAAAAAUCUGUUCUUUUUGAUGUCUGACUUAGAUACAGUUUACUUUUUAAUGCUGCCUUGAUAUUUUUAGAUGCCAAAAAUAUGGUAUCCAUAAUUGGGUAGGUACAGUCAGCUGCAAAACAUGUAUUGCGAUUUAAAAAUAAAAAAUAAAUAUCAGGCUUAAAAUAUGUGAAAAAAAAAAUGGAAAUGUAACUAUUUGUAGCUUACUGUACCUACUAAUUUCUUGCAAUAUAAUUAUUUAAUAAGAGUUAACAGAACUGAUUUUCAUUAGUUCCACAAAAAUAAGACGAAUGUAAUAAAGGAUGCCUAAUAUUGUUUUCUUAAGAUCUCUAAAUAUAUCUAGAUCAUUUAAUUUACCUAUGUAAUUUAAAAGUUCUAAUCGUUUGUGUUAUGUAGCUGCCUACUUAUAUCAAAAGAUUAUUUAUUAGUGAUAAGUAGGUACUUAUCUAGGUAUAUAAAGAUAUAAAAAAAUGUGACCACGUGCCUUGUAGGUGACGAGUAUAAGUAAUAAACACUAUCUACCUAUCUGUAUAUUGUAUUAAGAGGUAACAUUGUGCCGCAUUUGCACUUGUAGUUUUACUUGCGUAUUGCGAGGAACGAGGAAACAUUUGAAAAAAACGAGACAGUGAUAAUGUUUUCUCUUUCUGAAUUAGGUAUAUCUGCGUCACUACUUAAGUGAAACUUUUAAGUCUAAAGCAGGGGUUCCCUGUGCGCCGCCGUAGACAGUAUAGAGGGGCUCCGUGAGGCAAUCCACCUCACCAGCCUAGCUAUUAGGUUAGGGCCUACUAUUCAAUAUACUCUAUGGUUAAGGCGCCGCCGCCAAAAUUUUAAACUUGUGCGCCGCGGACUGAAAAAGAUUGGGAACCCCUGGUCUAAAGCACAUCUACACGAGCUAAUUUGAUUUUAAUUCAGCUCGUAUGUGGUGUACGAGCCUGGUUUCAGCGAUAAGGCCGGAAUAGCGCUAAAGCUUCGAGUUAAAUUCCUAAACCUUUAAGUUUGAAGUACAUUCUGGUGUUCACCUACCUACAUUUGUGUAAGAAUGUCCCUAACUAUAAUAUUUAUUUAUAUUUAUUUAUUUAUAGUAUAAGUACUUUUUGAGGUUUAUUUAAACUAAAAAUAAACAUAUCAAAAACGCAUAUCAGAUGGUGACAGAUAUCUAUUGAUGAUAUUGAUUUUAAAUCUUAGUUUUGUUUAGAAAAAUGAGCGUAAUGUUUCCUCUUAAAAGUUUGAUCUGAAAAGACCUAAGAUUGUAUUAAACCCACGAGUUAGGUAGCGGCUACAGUUUGUUUUAAUUUGUUUUUUAACGAUUA